AUGGCUCCAAGCUUGAGCAAAAAUGCCCCAGAAGUAAUGGUGCUUGUGGAUGAGGAUGAGGAUGAUAAGAAACCACUGUCAAUCACCCUUGAAGGAUCAGAAUUUUUGGCCAAUGGCCACCCCGUUCUCACUGAUGUCCCUACUAACAUCAUAGCAACACCUUCUCCAUUUACCUCCAAAGACUUGUUGUCCAAGAGCAUGGUCGGAUGCUUCGUUGGCUUUGAUGCAGACGAGCCAAAAAGCCAGCACGUGGUCCCCACCGGCAAGCUGAGGGACAUAAGGUUCAUGAGCAUAUUCAGAUUCAAAGUCUGGUGGACUACUCAUUGGGUUGGCAAUGGUGGAAAAGAUGUUGAACAUGAGACCCAAAUGAUGAUCCUUGACAAAUCCGACUUGGGACGCCCCUAUGUUUUACUACUUCCACUCCUUGAAGGACCCUUCAGAGCUUCAUUGCAGCCUGGCAUGGAUGAUGACGUGGACAUCUGCGUGGAGAGUGGAUCCAGCCAUGUCAGCAGCUCCAGCUUCAGGAGUUGCAUGUACAUGCAUAUUGGUGAUGACCCAUAUCAAUUGGUCAAGGAAGCCAUGAAGGUCAUUAGGGUCCAUUUGGGGACCUUUAGGCUUAUGGAAGAAAAGUGUCCUCCAGGUAUUGUGGACAAAUUUGGAUGGUGCACUUGGGAUGCCUUUUAUCUUAGGGUACACCCUGAAGGGGUGUGGCAGGGGGUCAAGGGUCUAGUAGAGGGUGGGUGCCCUCCAGGGUUGGUCCUAAUAGAUGAUGGGUGGCAAUCCAUAUGCCAUGAUGAUGACCCCAUAACUGAUCAAGAAGGCAUAAACAGAACAGAAGCUGGUGAACAAAUGCCAUGCAGAUUAAUGAAGUUUGAAGAGAAUUACAAGUUUAGGGACUACCAGAGUCCUAGGGUACCCUCCAACAAGGGCAUGGGUGCCUUUGUGAGGGACCUUAAGGAGGAGUUUAAGAGCAUAGAGCAUGUGUAUGUAUGGCAUGCACUUUGUGGGUAUUGGGGCGGGUUACGCCCCGGUGUACCGGGUAUGCCCGAGUGUAGGGUCAUUGGUCCUAAACUAUCAGAGGGUUUGCAGAUGACCAUGGAGGAUCUGGCCGUGGACAAGAUUGUGAACAAUGGAGUUGGGUUGGUCCCACCGGAAAAGGUCCAUGAGAUGUACGAGGGGUUGCACUCACAUCUUGAAUCGGCAGGGAUUGAUGGUGUCAAGGUGGAUGUGAUACAUUUGCUAGAGAUGCUCUCUGAGGAAUAUGGUGGUCGUGUUGAGCUCGCCAAGGCCUAUUACAAUGCACUAACUGCUUCUGUGAAGAAACAUUUUAAAGGGAAUGGUGUCAUUGCUAGCAUGGAGCACUGUAACGACUUCAUGUUCCUCGGGACAGAGUCCAUAUCGUUAGGCCGUGUAGGAGAUGACUUUUGGUGCACUGAUCCAUCUGGUGAUCCAAAUGGGACUUUCUGGCUACAAGGGUGUCACACGGUGCACUGUGCCUACAACAGCUUGUGGAUGGGGAAUUUCAUACACCCUGAUUGGGACAUGUUCCAAUCUACACAUCCUUGUGCUGAAUUCCAUGCUGCCUCGAGAGCAAUUUCUGGAGGGCCUAUCUAUGUGAGUGACUCUGUUGGAAAACACAACUUCCAGUUGCUUAAGAGCAUAGUGUUGCCUGACGGGUCAAUCCUACGAUGCCAACAUUAUGCACUUCCUACUAGAGACUGCCUAUUUGAAGACCCAUUGCAUGAUGGGAAAACUAUGCUCAAGAUUUGGAACCUCAACAAAUUUACUGGGAUUCUCGGGGUCUUUAACUGCCAAGGGGGUGGAUGGUGCCCCAUAUCACGUCGAAACAAAAGCGCCAUUGAACUUUCAGUGACUCUGAAAUGUUUGGCCAGUCCUAAAGAGAUCGAGUGGAACAAUGGAAAGAACCCAAUUCCCACAAAAGGAGUGGAGUUAUUUGCUGUGUACAUGUAUCAGAAGAGGCAGCUACAGCUCUUGAAGUCAACAGAAAACCUUGAAAUUUCCCUCCAGCCAUUUAACUAUGAGCUUCUGACAGUUUCUCCUGUGACAGUACUAACAAGAAAUUUAGUUCAGUUUGCACCUAUUGGAUUGGUGAACAUGCUCAACACUGGAGGUGCAAUUCAGUCACUAGUCUAUGAUGAUCAUGAAAAUUCAGUAAGAGUAGGGGUAAGAGGAAGUGGGGAGAUGAGAGUUUUUGCAUCCAAGGAACCGAUAUGUUGCCGGGUAAAUGGAGUUGGUUUGGAUUUCAGUUAUGAUGAUCAUAUGGUCACAAUUCAAGUUCCAUGGUCUAAUUCAUCCAAAUUAUCUGUAAUUGAGUACUCAUUUUGA